UGACAUUUUAUUUUUUUUGUUUCUCAUUUGCUUCUUUUCUGCUGUUGCCGGUUCAACCAACUUUUUGAACAUACAUAGUAGACAAUGUUAUGGCGGCAAACCAUUGCUCGAACAUCCAUUAGUUAUCAGCGUCGUUCAUUUGUUUCCAAACCGACCAAGUCGCCAUUUGAGAUUUUGUCACUGCCACCGAGUGCGCCCGCUGCGGAAAUCAAAAAACGAUAUUAUGAACUGGCGAAAUCCCUGCAUCCCGACAACACCAUGACGGGCAAUGUCGACCGUUUUCGAGAAGUUGUACGUGCCUACGAAUUCCUUUCCAAUCCUAGCCGUCGGGAAAUGUACUUGAAAAGUGGGCUUGGAUGGGAUAUGCCGUUGACCUCCCCGUCGCCGUGGGGUCCCACUCCGGCCCCUGGACAUCGUCCAGCCUCCUACACCAACGCUUACUGGGCUCACGAUGACACGACUUACCGUGACGGGCCUUGGUCAUCGCACGACAACCCCAAGUAUAUGAGCAAUAAUACCUUUUUGACCAUCCUUGCCGGUGUCUCCGUUACCUUGGGGAUAUUCAACUUUUUCUAUUUCCACAACAACGAAUCCAUCUUACUGGAAGCAGCCAAUCGGCAUCAUUGGCGCGCUUCCAAAGACUUGGCGCAGGCUCGCCGUGACGCUUCAAAAUUGGGAAGAGAACAAGCCGUGGAACGCAUGAAGUAUAAACGAAUGAAAUAUGGACAAACACCGCAAGAAGACAAAGAGUCAUCCUAGACCGAAUAUCCAAAGACAAUACGCAUCCUUCAUUUCCCGAGUCUGUAUGCCCUUCGGUGCAUUUCUGACCGCUCAGCAAUCACCCAUACCACGACAC